AUGCUAAUUUUGUCAGGCCUCUGCUUGCAGACGGUAUGUGACGUGAUGCUUCGCUCCUGGUCGCGUCGCACGUUAGGAGAGACCUACUCCUCUUCUUCGGUCCUGAUGGUUGCCGAGCUCGUUAAGCUGACCGCCUCGCUUGUCGCGGGGGGCGUCCACCCCUGCCAUCUUCUCGUCCUCCUCCGCAAAUCCACGCCAGCCGCUGUGCCGGCCGUCGCAUUCCUCGUGAUGAACAUGUUGCAGUUCGAUGCCGUGGCGCGGCUCGAUGCAUCUACGUUCACGGUCGGACUGCAGACUAAGACUCUUUGGUCGGCAAUCUUCUCGAUGUGGUUGCUGGGCCGCAAAACCUCGCUCCGAAAAUGGCGCGCGCUUUUGGUCUUGGUGGCUGGCGUCGCACUCAUCGUGCACCAGUCGGGCUACGACUUACAGCUGUUUGCCUCUGUUGAUGGUUUCGUGGUUGGGCUAGCUGAGCUCGCACUGCAGACAGCCCUCGGCGGCUUCACGUCGGUGUACAUCGAGAAAUAUCUCAAGGGCUCCGCCGCGUCGCUCUCCAUCUGGGAGGUGAACGUGCAAAUGGCGGUUUGGUCGGCGGUCGGGUACGCAUUCCUAGCUAGCUUUCCGCGGCCGGCAGCCACGUUUGAUGACUGGUCUCUCACGACGUGCGGCAUCGUUGCAACCUCUGCUACGGGUGGUAUCUUGGUGGCCUCGUGCCUCAAGUACACGGAUGCCGUCCUGAAGAACUUCCCCACUUCAGUGUCGGUGGUCCUCGUGACCUACGGCUCCGCGAUCUUUCUUAACGGCCCCGCCACGUUUCCAACGGCAGUUGGCUCUCUGCUGGUGGCAAUUUCCGUCUUCAACUAUGCUGAGCCCGAGGCAAUAGGAGGCGCAGUAGGGAUAAAGAGGCAAAACUCGGCCCCCGGCUCCGUGGCCUCUUUGACGGUUCGACGCACCCCAUCGCAGCAAAAUCUGGUGGGAGGGUGUUAG